CCAAAAUAAAAUCAUACAAAAAAACCCACACCGAUUAUUACUAAAGGAAAACAUAUUUAAACGUGGACUACGUUCGCUGCACCCGGAAGUACUAACAGAGUGAGCGCUCUUCGUUGCAACAACUCUUCGACCAGGUUGCUCCUUUCACAAAACACAAUGAGCCACACAGAAGACCCCAAAACUUCCAAUGCGCCACACAUCGUGAAAGAGGAGCUCCUGGCCUCGGGGAAAUGGGUGAAGCUGGAGAAGACCACAUACGUAGAUCCUGCAGGCAACACCAGGAUCUGGGAGACGGUGAGGAGGACCACCAGGCAAACCAACACUGAUGCAGAUGGUGUGGGCAUCAUCGCGCUGCUGAAGAGGACCCUGCACAAAGACAGCGUGGUCAUGGUGAAGCAGUUUCGGCCUCCCCUGGGAUGCUUCAGCCUGGAGUUUCCUGCAGGCUUGAUCGACGAGGGCGAGAGCGCGGAGAUGGCCGCGUUGAGGGAGCUGAAGGAAGAAACGGGCUACAAAGGCGAAGUGAUGGGAGUCACACCAGUCACCUGUCUGGACCCCGGCCUAUCCAACUGCACCACCCAGAUGGUCAUGGUCAACAUCAAUGGAGACGAAAUGGAGAAUAUCAACCCAACACAACAGCUAGGUGACGGAGAAUUUGUGGAAGUCAUCCUUUUGCCUCUGGAUGAAUUCCAGACCAAACUAGACGAGCUGCUGAAGAAGGAGAAGAUUGUGGUGGACGCCAAGGUUUACAUAUUCGCCAUGGGGAUGGUGCAGGCUUUUUUUAAGCCCAGGGAGCUGCCUGUGCUCAAGCAGUGAAAGGAAGCUCUUGGCAACUAUUACUACACAGGACUUAACACCGUUUUAAUUGCUCCAUGUGAUGUCAUGUUCAAGCACAGACAAGCCAGUACCGACUGUUGCUGCAACUUUUUAAGUCAUUCCUACAUCUUACGUCUUUGAAUGUCUCAUUUCACCUAACAUAGGAAUAGUUCAAUGUUCCAUAUGUUUACAACAGGGACACAAAGUACCUUUUUUAGUAUUUGCAAUGUUGUUUGUGAUUGUAACCUUCCUUAAUGUGCUAACAUAGUGUUAUUUAGCAAAACCCCUUACAAGGGUUUUCAAUAAUAGUAUUCAAAGUUUGGCUCCGAGGUUCUUUGCCAAAUUUUGUAUGCGCAUGUAAUAUUUUAAACAUAAAUAAUGAUGUCCAUUCCAUCGUUAUCUAUUACUGCUUUAAUGUCGCUGGCUUCUGUCAGUCAUACUGAAAGAUGCAACAGAAGUAAACAAUCCAUGCUGUGGUUCAAGGGCUCCAUCUCACUGAUGCUGUAGUUACCGUAGCGACGAGCUGACUAAUAAAUGUAUUACUACCUA